GGGGCGAGAACUGCGGUUCCGGGGUUUCGCGACGACGAGCAGCCCGACCAGUAGGAGCCGCCCUCGACCAGCGGGCUCAGAAGGCACGACGACUGCUCGUCUUCUCCACACACCGCCCCAGACCGACCACCCGACCGGCAGACAUGAUGGAAGCGGAUCGCCCGGGGAAGCUCUUCAUUGGAGGGCUCAACCUCGAAACUGACGAGAAAUCCCUCGAGGCUGCGUUUGGCAAGUAUGGCCGCAUCUCCGAGGUGCUGUUGAUGAAAGAUCGAGAAACCAACAAGUCCAGGGGCUUCGCGUUCAUCACCUUCGAAAGUCCGGCAGACGCCAAGGCCGCCGUGAGAGACAUGAACGGCAAGUCCCUGGAUGGUAAGGCCAUCAAGGUGGCCCAGGCCACCAAACCGGCUUUCGAAAGCGGCCGGCGGGGCCCACCCCUGUCCCGCAGCCGGGGCCGCUCGAGAGGCCUGCGCGGGGCCCGCGGCGGCGGCCCGCGGCGACCCCUGUCCCGCGGAGGGCCUGCGGAUGACGGUGGCUACGGGGGCGACUUCGACCUGCGACCCUCCCGGGCCCCACUACCCAUGAAGCGCGGGCCGCCGCCACCGCGGAGGGCCGGCCCACCCCCCAAGAGGGCCGCGCCGUCGGGCCUGGCUCGCAGCGGCAGCGGCGGCGGUGGAAUGCGCGGGCGGGCCCCGGCCACACGAGGGCGAGAUGGCUAUGAGGGCCCGCCGCGCCGGGAGCCGCCGCCCCCGCGCCGGGAUCCCUACCUGGGUUCCCGGGAGGGGGGCUACUCUCCCCGAGACGGCUACUCCAGCCGCGACUACCCAAGCGCCCGCGACCCCCGGGAUUUUGCCCCCUCGCCCAGAGAGUAUACCUACCGUGACUACGGCCACUCCAGCGUCCGGGAUGAGUGUCCAUCGAGAGGCUACGGUGACCGAGACGGCUACGGGGGGCGCGACCGCGACUACGCGGAUCACUCGAGCGGAGGCUCCUACCGAGACCCCUUCGAGAGCUACGGGGACCCGCGCAGCGCCGCCCCCGCUCGUGGGCCCCCGCCAUCUUAUGGUGGCGGCGGCGGCCGCUACGAGGAGUACCGCGGCUGCUCGCCCGACGCCUAUGGCGGCGGCCGCGACGGUUAUGCUGGGGGCAGGAGUGAGCGCUAUUCGGGGGGCCGCGACCGGGUAGGCAGAGCGGAUCGCGGGCUGCCGCAGUCCGUGGAGAGGGGGUGCCCGCCCCCGCGCGAGUCUUACAGCCGGUCGGGCCGCCGGGUCCCCCGAGGCGGAGGCUGCCUGGGGAGCCGCUCGGAGAGAGGAGGAGGCCGGAGCAGAUACUAAGACCUUGGGACCAAAACCAGGUUUUCAAAGAAGCUCCAGUGAAAAAGAGCCUGUUCUGUGGUAACUACCCAAGGACUAGUGCAAGGAAGAAUUGUUUUUCACUUUUAAGACUUUCUGUUAACAACUUCUCCAUGAUUAUUUUUGUGUGUGUGCAUUUGAGAAGAAAAAGUUUAAACUUGUUUUGAUUUCGUUCUGGAAUUGUUAACGUUUCUUUCAACAAGCUCAUUUAAAAGCAUACGAUUUGAACCUGC